AGAAGGAAUUCCCCACCGCGCGGGUACAUGGCGAUCCUGUCCCUCCUCUCCUCCUCCUCCCGAACACGCCUCUCCGGCCUCCGGGAACCUCUCCGGCAGGCUGGCCUCAGCGCCCUGCUCACCCGAGGGGCUCCCCCGCCCCUUCAUCCGCACGCCCCCACCACCGAAUUCUCCUCUCCUGGUGGCCAUCGCCCUCCUCCCCUCGACUGGGCCAGCGUUGGGAGCCGCACGAUUUCUUCUCAUGUUGGUACGUCCCUCACUCAAUAUGGAUCGAGAAACCAUGCUUUGACUCUGCAUAAGAGAUUCUACCAGACCCUGCGGCCGCAACACCCCUAUUGCGGACCUAGAGCUAGUAUCGCAACAAGCGAAGCACACCAUAGUGUGAAUGAUCCAUCUGAAGUUCAACGCCGUGCAUUUGGUUCUGCGGCAAAAUCCAUCCAGAGGAAUCCAGCCUAUUCGGUACUAAAUUCCGAUGACGUUUCUUACUUCAAGAGCAUCUUGGGUGACAAUGGAGUCAUUCAGGAUAAAGACAGAGUGGCUGUUGCAAAUGUCGAUUGGAUGGGUAAAUACAAGGGAGCAAGUCAGCUACUGCUUCUACCAAAAAGUACCAAUGAGGUUUCUAAGGUUCUUGCUUAUUGCGACUCCAGACGAUUGGCGGUGGUUCCUCAGGGUGGGAAUACAGGCCUAGUAGGUGGCAGUGUGCCCGUUCAUGAUGAGGUGAUUGUCAAUCUUGGUGGUAUGGACAAAAUAAUCUCCUUUGACAAUGUAAAUGGUAUUCUAACUUGUGAAGCUGGUUGCGUGUUGGAGAACUUAAGUACCUUCGUGGAAAAUGAAGGGUUUAUUAUGCCUCUUGACUUGGGAGCAAAAGGUAGUUGCCAGAUAGGAGGGAACAUUUCAACUAAUGCUGGUGGCCUACGUUUCAUACGCUAUGGUUCACUUCAUGGAAAUGUACUUGGCCUUGAAGUCGUCCUGGCCAAUGGAACUGUCCUUGACAUGCUUACUACAUUAAGGAAAGAUAACACUGGAUACGAUCUGAAGCACUUAUUUGUUGGAAGUGAAGGGUCGCUAGGGAUAGUCACUAAAGUUUCAAUACUUACACCUGCAAAGCUACCUUCAACUAAUGUUGCAUUCCUUUCCUGCAAUGACUACAUGAGCUGCCAGAAAUUACUACUGGCAGCUAGAAGGGGUUUGGGUGAGAUCAUUUCUGCAUUCGAGUUCAUGGAUCGUCAGUGUAUUGAUCUGGCUAUGGCGCAUUUGGAAGGAGUUCACAAUCCUUUACCUCUCUCUCCGUACAAAUUCUAUGUUCUAAUUGAGACCACUGGAAGUGAUGAAUCAUACGACAAAGCAAAACUUGAAGCAUUUUUGUUGCGCUCAAUGGAAGAUGGCCUUGUAGCGGAUGGAGUAAUAGCACAGGAUAUUAGCCAAGCAUCUAAUUUUUGGAGAAUUCGCGAGGGUAUAUCAGAGGCAUCUGUCAAAGUUGGGGCGGUCUACAAGUAUGACUUGUCCAUACCUGUAGAAAAACUAUAUGAUAUUGUGGAAGAAAUGCGCAGCCGUCUUGGUGAUAUGGCAGAAGUAUUGGGUUAUGGCCACCUUGGUGAUGGAAAUCUGCAUCUAAACAUCUUAUCAAGCAAGUACAGUGACAAUAUUCUGGCGCAAAUUGAACCAUUUGUCUACGAGUGGACAGCCGGCCACAGAGGAAGCAUUAGUGCAGAGCACGGGUUGGGGCAAAUGAAAGCUGAGAAGAUUCACUACAGCAAGUCACCAGAAGCCGUGCAACUAAUGGCUUCCAUCAAGAAGUUAGUAGACCCUAACUCAAUCCUGAACCCAUACAAGGUUCUACCUCAGUCUGCGCUGUAGUUAGAAAAGGAUAGCUAAUUGAUCUUAUCAGCGACCCAAAUCAACUUGAGAGUAUAGAGUUGUACUUGGGACAAACGAAGGGAAUAACAGAUGGGAGCUUGUCAUGAUGGCAAGAUUGGUCGGUAGCCGAUAAAGGAAACCCAUAAGAUUCUUGCUGUUGUUAGUGUCUUGAGUACCGUAAACAUCUGUUCAUAUGGACAUCAGAAUAAGGAAAUAAAAUAACUGUGAAGAAGAAACUACAACUGUCUUGGUUCAAA